UGAGCUUCUGAAGCACAGCGGUAAUGGGCAAACGCAAGGCAAUGGAACGCACCGUUUCGCUUCGAUGUUGUCAAGCGUCAGCUGCCCCUUAACUGUCUCUAACUUGGUGCUAGUUGUUACAGUCUCAGCUCACCUUAUCUUAUCCAAAUCGCCCCGAGACAAGAAACUAUGUUGCCUACCAUCUUCAACGUCUCUUUAAUACUAGCGAAAUCAAAUGGGUCUCCAUUUCCAUCCCAAGUUCCAUUUUUCAACGAUAAACCUCCAAAUAUUUAAAAGCUUUCGUUUUCAUCUUUGAAUGCUCUUAACUAGUCAAAUCAAGUAGGGUUAGAGGCUCAGAGCCAGAGUUCCAAUGGCAGAGAAGGACCUUGACACUAUGAGGAGGAGGGUGGCCUCCAUAGCCAAACAUUUCGUUCCCUUUCAAUCUUCGCAAGAUGGGGCAGUGGGGUUGUGUAAUACUUCCAUGAAAGAUAGUUACCACAGGGUUCACGGUGAAGUUCCUUCUCAUGAGGUUGUUUGGAGAAGGAUCGCUUCUGAUGAAUCUGGCAAGGAAUACACUGAUAUUAUAUAUGAGAAGGCUGAAGGAGAAGCCAUAGCAAAGAUUACCAUUAAUAGGCCAGAGAGAAGGAAUGCUUUCCGACCCCUUACCAUUAAGGAGCUUAUUCGUGCUUUCAAUGAUGCCAGAGAUGAUAGCUCUGUUGGGGUCAUCAUUCUCACGGGAAAGGGAACCAAAGCAUUCUGUAGUGGUGGUGACCAGGAUUUGAGAACUAAAGAUGGUUAUGCUGAUUUCGAGAGUAUUAGCCGCCUUAAUGUGUUAGAUUUGCAGGUGCAGAUCCGUCGUCUUCCAAAACCAGUGAUUGCUAUGGUAGCAGGUUAUGCUAUUGGAGGAGGACAUAUAUUGCAUAUGGUCUGUGAUCUAACUAUCGCAGCAGAUAAUGCUAUACUUGGCCAAACUGGUCCUAAGGUAGGAAGCUUUGAUGCUGGUUAUGGAAGUUCCAUCAUGUCACGUCUGGUGGGGCCCAAAAAAGCACGUGAAAUGUGGUUUCUCACUAGGUUUUAUACUGCUGCUGAAGCAGAUAAAAUGGGACUUGUAAACACUGUUGUACCUUUAGAGAACUUGGAGAAAGAGACAGUAAAAUGGUGUCGAGAGAUUCUGAGGAACAGCCCAACUGCAAUCCGAGUUCUCAAAUCAGCUCUUAACGCAGUGGAUGAUGGCCAUGCUGGACUUCAGGAGCUUGGUGGAAACGCAACACUCAUAUUUUAUGGCACUGAGGAAGCCAGCGAGGGAAAGACAGCAUUCAUGCAACGCAGAGCCCCGGAUUUUUCCAAGUUUCACAGGAGACCUUGAUUUCAUAAAUAUCAUUUUUAUUUCUAAUUUAUCCACCAUUUUUUAAUAAUCCUCAUAACUAUAACUAGUCAUUGCCCCAAAAUUUUUACUUUCUUCUUGUCCUCAAGCUAUUGUAUGAAGUUAUUCUUAGCUUGGAAAAAAAAAAACAAACGCAUACUCAUGUCAGGAUAUAAAUUUGGUGUGAUAUGUAUUCUUCCAAUCCUUAAUAUAAAAUCUAUUUAAUUAAUUUGAU